AUGCGUCGCGCCGCCAUCCAAGCCUUUCGUGCCAGCCUCCAAUGCAGCGUUCGGGGCUUCCGCUCUAACACCCGCCGGGGCUUUUCUCCGCUGCUCCCAUCGAACGCAAACAGGAGGAGCCUCGCCGCGGCUGCCUCGACCCGCCGAUUCCUCUCGACAUCCCCACACGGCCGCGACCGCAACAGUAACAACCGUCCUCAGACGGCCAAGAAUGCACCGAUAGCCAGCGAACCGCUCCGCUCAUCAAUGUAUUUCCGAACCUCUGUGGCGCUGGUCUCGGCGCUGGUGGGCUACGGCGCUUACUACUCGUACGGCAGCAACGGGACGGACAGCCUCGUGAAGCGGGCGUACUCGUCGAGCAGCACGUCGACCGUGACUGGCGACGCGGCCACGCAGACCCGCUCGAUUUUGGUGAUUAGCGCCGACGAGCUACACACGGGCACGUUCGUAGGGGACGGGCCCAUCUCCAAGACGACUGGCAACGACGGCAAGAGAGUCAUCGAGAUGGUGACCCCCGACCAAGCGACCGAGAUGCUCCGGAAGAGCGAGCUGUCGUACUAUGUUGAACGCGGCCAGGGCGUGGUGCGCUACGAUUUGGUACAACUACCGAGCAACGACCCGAUCGAGGAUGAUCAUGCCGAGAGGAUCGUGGAGAUGCCGGACAGCAGCGAACCGCAUGGGAGUAGCGACUGGAUGUUCUGGGGUGUUUUUGAUGGGCACUCUGGAUGGACGACUUCAGCGAAGCUCCGCCAGGUGCUGACCACCGUGGUGGCCCGGGAACUCAACGACACGUACAAGGCAUCCAGCUUGGCGCCGCCGCCGGAGGCAAUCGACGCCGCUAUCAAGCGAGGCUUCCUGAAGCUGGAUGACGACAUCGUCAACAAAAGCGCGCAGAAGGUCCUGCAAGGAAACAACAAAACUGCCGCUGCUGAACUCUUGGCCCCCGCCCUGUCUGGCUCCUGCGCGCUCCUCUCGUUCUACGACAGCCGGUCAAAGCUGCUACGGGUUGCUUGCACGGGCGAUUCGCGGGCUGUUCUCGGUCGCCGGUCAGCGUCUGGCAAGUGGACCGCCACGCCGCUCUCGGUCGACCAGACGGGCAGCAACCCCGAUGAAGCGGCCCGGUUGCAGAAGCUACACCCGAACGAACCCCAUGUCGUCCGCAACGGUCGUGUCCUCGGAGGCUUGGAACCCACACGUGCCUUUGGAGACGCUAGCUACAAGUGGUCCCGCGAGACCUCUGAGCAGCUGAGGCAGCGGUUUUUUGCGCGUUCCGUCUCAUCCUUCCUCAAAACACCCCCCUACGUGACCGCCGAGCCAGUCGUCACCACCACCAAGAUCGAGCCAGAAAAGGGCGAUUUUGUCGUGAUGGCUACCGAUGGUCUCUGGGAGAUGCUCACCAACGAGGAGGUCAUUGGCCUCGUCGGCAAGUGGCUCGAGAGCCAGCAAGUCACCAAGAACCACCCUACCUCGCAGUUCGACUCGGUCUGGACGCGCAUCUUUGGCUCGCGCGGCGCCAAGGAUGGGCUGCCUGUUGAAGUAGCCCAGGACGCUGGUGGUGGUGGGCAGAAGACCCCCUUCCGCAGACAACAGUGGGGUGAUUCGGCGGACGGCUUUGUGGUGCAAGACUCCAACGUGGCUACCCACCUGGUGCGGAACGCACUCGGCGGUAAGAACCAGGAGCAGGUGUCGGCACUGCUGACGCUACCUGCACCCUUCUCAAGACGCUACAGGGAUGAUUUGACCGUGCAGGUCAUCUUCUUCGGAAAUGGCGAGCGGACGGGCGAGGUCGUCGUGAAUCAGGAUGCGACUGCAGCGGCGAACAAGCCUGUGAAGGCGAAGUUGUAG